CAUUUUUUAUGGAUCGGCAAAAUUUGACCUUAUUGCCCUUUUUUUUGGCCUAUUUAUAUUAAUUAAGGCUGUGGCAAAGCAGCACGUUUUGGAAAUUUUCAUUUUUUUUUAUUGUUAUUUUCUAGUUGGGAGGCAGACUUUUUAUCCUCUAGAGAUCCGAACACAACGAUCCAGAACGAGAAACUUCCUCAACUAACACCCGCCAUUGCUCACCAGCCACCGCCCCACCACCACCUACAGAGGUAGAGAGGCAAGGGUUCUUAAUCAUCGACAAUGGCGUCCGCCUUUGACUCCUUCAGUCCCGGGGGAGACGACUCCACCAACAACAUCCAAAAUGACCAAAUUUCAUCAAAUUCCCGCCCUUUCGACUACGAUGGCUAUAUGGGUUACGACUCCUCAUUCCCCGCACCCACCUCCCAGGAUGACGUUUUCUCCGGCCAACCUCCACCACCCAUCUCGGAUGACCUCAAUGUUGAUCCUCCUGUCAAUGUUAUGUCGCCCGCCGACUUAAACGACAGCGACCACCCACAUUCCCAGGAGGUGUACGGGUUUGGGUUGUCUGCGCCGAACCAGGAGUUCUCCUCGCCUUUCGAGACCACGGGGACGCCUGAAACCAAUGGUAAUACGAAAGGGUAUGGAGAGGAUGAUGGUGGCAUUUUUGCCUCCGAUGGACCGCUUCUGCCCGAUCCUAGUCAGAUGCGGGAGGAAGGCUUCCAACGACGCGAGUGGCGCCGGCAAAAUGCUCUCCAUCUUGAGGAAAAGGAGAAGAGAGAGAAGGAGAUGCGCAAUCAAAUUAUUAAUGAAGCUGAAGAAUAUAAAAGAGAAUUUUAUGAGAAAAGGCAGCUCAAUUGUGAAACUAACAAGGCUCACAACAGAGAAAGAGAGAAGCUGUACUUGGCUAACCAAGAGAAAUUCCAUAAAGAAGCACACAAACAUUAUUGGAAAGCCAUUGCUGAGAUCAUUCCUCGAGAGGUUCCAAAUAUUGAAAAGAGAGGUAGGAAAGAUCCUGAAAAAAAACCUUCCAUUGUGGUAAUUCAGGGUCCAAAGCCUGGUAAACCCACUGAUCUUUCAAGAAUGAGGCAAAUUUUUGCAAAGGUUAAACAAAACCCUCCAGCUCAUAUGAUGCCUCUCCCACCUGCCAAAGAUGGCAAGGAUGCAAAGGAUGGGAAAGAUGGCAAGGAUGCGAAGGACGGGAAAGACACCAAGGACGGGAAAGAUGGCAAGGAUGCAAAGGGAGGGGAAGAUGGCAAGGAUGCCAAGGGAGGGGAGGAUCGCAAGGAUGAGAAAAGUUCUGCUGCACCUACACCUACACCUACACCUACAACAGCAGCUGCUGCUGUUGCCAACAACCAACCUUCUUUGCCCAUUAAAGAUGCCCCUGCCAAUGUUGCACCUGACUCAUCUAAAAUAGAGACUCUUGUUGCUGCCGAGGGUGAGCAAACUGCUGCUAGUGAACCAGCCACCAAUGAGUGAUGGCACAUCAUGAUUUUUAUUAUAAAUUUCGUUUCAUUCCUUGAAUACUUUGCUUUAACCAUUUUUGCAAAGAAUAAGUGCAUCUGAGUUGGAUGUUCUUGAGUCUAACCUGGGCUGUUGCAACUGUUGAGCUUCUUCCUAACUAUAGGAUUCUCUAGGAUUUUUUUGGAAUUUUUGUUCUUUUACUUUCUUUCUCUCUCUAUUGCAACGUCCAGUUUUGCCCAUAUUCAUUAUUUAGAUAAAUUUGAUCUCAGCUUUGAGUUUGAUUGUCAUAUUUCUAGA